AUGGUGGAUCAAUUCCUCUCCACCGGGGCUGCCUCACCUUCCUAUGACUCUGUGAUUGACGAGUUUCUGUCCACCGCUAUUGGCUCUCCUUCGGUUGACUCCACCGCUGAUCAAAUCGUGCCCAUUGCAACUGUUGACUCUUCCACCACCACUACUUCUGGCUCUUUCCGAGACACAUUGAAGGCUUUGUCGGACAUCAACAUUGAAGCUUGUAAUGAUUUGGAAGAGUUGAUGACUUUGAAAAAUAACUUGGAGCAAAUCAUCAGAGAGAGGACAAGGCUAAUAUAA